ACCGGUGUCCGCACACGGCGAUGAACACGCACACGUCGCACGUGCAGGAGUGUCUGGAGACGAGCAGCUCGAGCUCCAUGCAGGAGGCCUCCUCUCAGUUCACCACCACCACCAGAGAGGCGUACACUGCCAAAGCUGGUGAACAUGUCUCCCGGGAGCACCUGAUCAGGACUGCCGCCGAGGACCACCUGCGUGUGGAAGGUGACUUCCUGGGCCGUUCCCUGACCAAGGAGGCGUACCAGGGCCAUCAUCCAACGCAGCAGCUCCUGCCGGCCGGAUCGGCAGCCACCAAUGUUUCAUCCUAUGAGCAGUCCCAGAUGUCAUCAUCGGAGUUCAUGUCUCAAGAAAAGAUGGAAAUGAGCGAGUCGACGUCCCGCUCCCAGUACCAGUCGGUCACCGCCGGGGAGCGCGCUGAGAUAGUCCGUCACGAGGACAACCUCCGGCUCGAGGGGCAAUUCCAGGAUACCCGCGAGAGGACUGAGGUGGUUCGUGGGGAGAGGGCCGAGAUCGUCCGCAGGCAGGAUAACCUCCGCACCGAGGGCGACUUCCAGGGCUACCGCCAGGAGAUGGCCACGGUGGGUGAGCGGGCCGAGGUGGUGCGCCGCGCCGACAACCUCCGGCUCGAGGGCGACUUUGUGGACGCGCGCGAGCGGCAGGCGCCCGGCCGUGGCGAGCGUGCUCCCGUGGUGCGCCAUCCGGACCACCUGAGACAGACGGGAGAGUUCGCCGGUACGUCCCUGUCCGCAGAGCCAGCCCGAGGUCGCUGCACCGCAUCCCCGACCUGCCCGCAUGGAGGUCAGUCGGUGACACACGCCUCCUACUGCGCCGUCCACGGUCACCGUUCGGUGGCGGUGCGCCACAACGACCAGCUUCACACAGCGCACAGCGAGCAGAGCUUCUCCACCUCUUCUCACCAUGACGACUUCGGCGCUCCGCACGGCGGCGAGCGACAGCCCAUCGUUACGUUUCCGGACGAAAUCCAGACCACUGGCGGCGAAUUCAUCGACACUCGGGAUCGCAGCGACGUGGUUCAUCGCGGGGAGCGAGCUGACAUCAUCCGACGUGAGGACAACCUACGCAUGGAGGGACAGUUUGAGGACACACGCGACAGAACCACCGUGCUUCGAGGGGAGCGAGCCGAAGUGGUGCGCCGUGAGGACAAUCUCCGCAUGGACGGGAAGUUCGAGGACACGCAUCGACCUCGCGAGGAGGCACCCAAGGGAGAGAGAGCGACUCCCUACAAGUACAGAGAUAACCUGAAGCCCGAAGGCGACUUUGCUGACCGUCGUCCAGAGGAGAUUCAUAGAGGAGAGCGAGCGCCAGUGGUGAAACGGCCCGACAACCUCCGGCCCGAGGGCGACUUCGAAGGUCGUCCACGUGAAGAGGCUCCGAAGGGCGACAGGGCUACUCCGUACAAGUACAGAGAUAACCUAAGGCCCGAGGGAGACUUCACCGACCGUCGUCCGGAGGAGGCACCAAGGGGAGAGAGGGCUCCUGUUGUCAAGCGACCCGACAACCUUCGACCGGAAGGCGAUUUUGAAGAUCGUCCGCGCGGUGAGGCUCCCAAGGGCGAAAAAGUCACGCCAUACAAAUACAGAGACAACCUGAAGCCAGAGGGAGAGUUCAUCGGCAAGCCAACUGAGGAAGCCCCAAGGGGAGAACGUGCUCCAGUUGUCAAAAGACCGGACAACUUGAGGCCAGAAGGAGCAUUCGAAGACCGUCCUCGGGAAGAGGCGCCUCGUGGCGAGAAGGCAUCUCCGUACAAAUAUCGGGACAACCUCAAGCCGGAGGGAGACUUUACUGGACGACCGACGGAGGAAGUACCUCGUGCAGAACGCGCUCCUGUUGUCAGAAGGGCUGAUAAUCUAACCAUGGAGGGAGAGUUUGUCGACACGAGGGAACGAACCACAGUCACCCGAGGCGAACGAGCCGACAUCGUUCGUCGUGAGGACAACCUGAGAACUGAGGGACGGUUUGAAGACACCCGAGAGUUCACCGCUGUGACCCGUGGCGAGCGGGCUGAAAUCAUCCGCAGAGAGGACAACCUUCACAUGGAGGGUACCUUUGAAGAUCGGCCACGAGGUGAGGCGCCGAGAGGAGAGAAAGUCCGUCCGAUUCGUCACGACGACAACCUCCGUCCGGAGGGUGACUUUACCGACAGACCGCGGGGAGAAGUGCCUCGUGGAGAGCGGGCGCCCGUCGUCAAACAUCCAGACCAUCUCACGAUGGAAGGAGAUUUCGUUGACACUCGUGAACACCGCACUCCAACGAAGGGCGAGCGUGCUCCUGUCGUACGUCGUCCGGACAACCUCCGACCGGAGGGUGAUUUCCCGGACCGACCUCAGGACCAGGCGCCCAAGGGGGAGCGAGCCCCCGUGGUGCGCCGACCAGACAACCUCGUCAUGGAGGGAGAGUUCAUUGAUACUCGGGAAACGGUCAGCCCUGUGAGGGGCGAGCGAGCCCCCGUCGUUCGACGACCUGACAACCUUCGUCCAGAGGGAGAGUUCACCCCAAAACAGCAAGAGACUGCCCCUAAGGGUGAACGAGCACCUGUUGUAAAACACCCCGAUCACCUAAAAAUGGAGGGACCUUUCGAAGGCCGGCCUAAUGAAGAGGCACCCCGUGGAGAAAAGGUUACUCCGUUCAAAUACAGAGACAACCUACGACCAGAGGGAGAGUUCACCGGGAGGCCUAGCGAAGAAGCUCCUCGUGGUGAACGGGCACCUGUCGUAAAACAUCCGGAUCACUUGCGAAUGGAGGGACCCUUCGAAGGACGCCCUAAUGAGGAGGCACCUAGAGGUGAAAGGGCGACUCCGUUCAAAUAUAGAGACAAUUUGAAGCCAGAAGGAGAGUUCACUGAUCGUCGCCCCGAAGAGGUUCACAGAGGUGAAAGGGCCCCGGUCGUAAAAAGGCCACACAAUCUACGACCAGAAGGAGACUUCGUUGGUCGCCCAAACGAAGAGGCUCCGAGGGGAGAAAGGGCCACUCCAUACAAAUACAGAGACAACUUGAGACCGGAAGGAGACUUCACUGAUCGACGACCAGAGGACGCUCCUAAAGGAGAAAGAGCGCCGGUUGUAAGGCGACCUGACAAUCUUCGACCCGAGGGAGACUUCACAGAUCGACCUCGCGAGGAGGCACCCAAGGGAGAGAGAGCGACUCCCUACAAGUACAGAGAUAACCUGAAGCCCGAAGGCGACUUUGCUGACCGUCGUCCAGAGGAGAUUCAUAGAGGAGAGCGAGCGCCAGUGGUGAAACGGCCCGACAACCUCCGGCCCGAGGGCGACUUCGAAGGUCGUCCACGUGAAGAGGCUCCCAAGGGCGACAGGGCUACUCCGUACAAGUACAGAGAUAACCUAAGGCCCGAGGGAGACUUCACCGACCGUCGUCCGGAGGAGGCACCAAGGGGGGAGAGGGCUCCUGUUGUCAAGCGACCCGACAACCUUCGACCGGAAGGCGACUUUGAAGAUCGUCCGCGCGGUGAGGCUCCCAAGGGCGAGAAAGUCACGCCAUACAAAUACAGAGACAACCUAAAGCCAGAAGGAGAGUUCAUCGGCAAGCCAACUGAGGAAGCCCCGAGGGGAGAACGUGCUCCAGUUGUCAAACGACCGGACAACUUGAGGCCAGAGGGAGCUUUCGAAGACCGUCCUCGGGAAGAGGCGCCUCGUGGCGAGAAGGCAUCUCCGUACAAAUAUCGGGACAACCUCAAGCCGGAGGGAGACUUUACUGGACGACCGACGGAGGAAGUACCUCGUGCAGAACGCUCUCCUGUUGUCAGAAGGGCUGAUAAUCUAAUCAUGGAGGGAGAGUUUGUCGACACAAGGGAGCGACACACAGUCACCCGAGGCGAACGAGCCGACAUCGUUCGUCGUGAGGACAACCUGAGAACUGAGGGACGGUUUGAAGACACUCGAGAGUUAACCGCUGUGACCCGUGGCGAGCGGGCUGAAAUCAUCCGCAGAGAGGACAACCUUCACAUGGAGGGUACCUUUGAAGAUCGGCCACGAGGUGAGGCGCCGAGAGGAGAGAAAGUCCGUCCGAUUCGUCACGACGACAACCUCCGUCCGGAGGGUGACUUUACCGACAGACCGCGGGGAGAAGUGCCUCGUGGAGAGCGGGCGCCUGUCGUCAAACAUCCAGACCAUCUCACGAUGGAGGGAGAUUUCGUCGACACUCGUGAACACCGCACUCCAACGAAGGGCGAGCGUGCUCCCGUCGUACGUCGUCCGGACAACCUCCGACCGGAGGGUGAUUUCCCGGACCGACCUCAGGACCAGGCGCCUAAGGGGGAGCGAGCCCCCGUGGUGCGCCGACCAGACAACCUCGUCAUGGAGGGAGAGUUCAUCGACACGCGUGAGACUCAGGUGUUGACGCGAGGCGAGCGUGCCGACGUCGUACGCCGCGAGGACACCCUGCGGAUGACGGGAGAAUUCACAGAUACCCGAGAAAAGACGGUGUACACGCAUGGGGAGCGUACUGACGUGGUACGCCGUGAGGACAACCUCCGCAUGGAGGGGACAUUCGAGGACCGACCACGGCAAGAGGCGCCGCGCGGUCAAAAGGCGCUCCCCUACAAGUACAACGACAACCUGCGACCUGAGGGCGAAUUCACGGAUCGUCGCCCUGAGGACGCGCCAAAGGGAGAGCGAGCGCCUGUGGUCCGACGUCCAGACAACCUCACUACAGAAGGAGAAUUUGUGGACACUCGGGAGCAGUAUACACCCGUGCGCGGAGACCGAGCACCAGUGGUCAAGCACCCUGAUCAUCUGAAGAUGGAUGGGAAGUUUGAAGACCGACCUCAUGAGGCAGUACCGAGAGGCGAACGUGCUCCCGUAGUCAAACAUCCAGACCACUUGAAGAUGGAAGGGCAAUUUGACGACCGCCCUCGAGAGGAGGCUCCGAAGGGUGAAAAGGCCAGGCCAUACAAAUACAACGACAACUUGAAGCCAGAAGGAGACUUCACCGACAGACGUCCCGAGGAAGCGCCUAAAGGAGAAAGGGCGCCUGUUGUCAGGAGACCCGACAACCUGCGACCAGAGGGAGUUUUCGAAGAUCGUCCUCGCGGAGAAGCACCGAAAGGUGAGAAAGCAACACCAUACAAGUACAGAGACAACCUGAAGCCAGAAGGAGAGUUUACUGAUCGUCGCCCCGAGGACGCUCCAAAAGGAGAGAGGGCUCCUGUCGUCAAACGGCCCGACAACCUCCGGCCUGAGGGCGAUUUCGAGGAUCGCCCGCGAGGUGAGGCUCCUAAAGGUGAACGUGCAACCCCAUACAAGUACAGGGACAAUCUGAAGCCGGAAGGAGAAUUCACAGAUCGUCUCCCGGAGGAAAUCCACAGGGGUGAGAGGGCUCCUGCGGUGAAACGGCCAGAUAAUCUGAGACCAGAGGGAGAUUUUGUGGACCGUCCCCACGAGCAAGCACCAAAGGGCGAAAGGGCGACUCCAUACAAGUACAGGGAUAACCUGAAGCCAGAAGGCGACUUUACAGACCGCCGACCUGAGGAUGCACCCAAGGGAGAGCGGGCCCCUGUUGUCAAGAGACCUGACAACCUUCGCCCGGAGGGCGAUUUCCAAGACCGUCCUCGUGGUGAGGCUCCUAAGGGUGAGCGUGCAACGCCGUACAAGUACAGAGACAACCUGAAACCAGAAGGCGAGUUCACUGAUCGACUCCCAGAAGAGGUUCACAGGGGUGAAAGAGCACCAGUUGUCAAACGACCCGAUAACCUCCGCCCGGAAGGUGACUUUGAAGAUCGUCCUCGUGGCGAGGCACCCAAGGGCGAACGAGCCACUCCUUACAAGUACAGGGACAACCUAAAGCCUGAGGGUGAGUUUGCUGAUCGUCGACCUGAGGAUGCACCUAAAGGCGAACGAGCCCCCGUUGUAAAGAGACCUGACAACUUAAGACCUGAAGGUAACUUUGAAAACCGUCCCAGAGAGGAAGCACCGAAGGGCGAACGAGCGACUCCUUAUAAGUACAGGGACAAUCUCAAACCCGAAGGCGAAUUCACAGACCGUCUUCCCGAGGAAAUUCACAGGGGCGAAAGAGCGCCAGUAGUAAAACGGCCAGACAAUCUGAAGCCAGAAGGCGACUUUGCAGACCGUCCUCACGAAGAGGCCCCCAGGGGUGAACGGGCUACUCCUUACAAGUACAGGGAUAACCUAAAACCCGAAGGUGACUUUACAGACCGCCGACCUGAGGAUGCACCUAAGGGAGAGCGGGCCCCUGUUGUCAAGAGACCUGACAACCUUCGUCCUGAAGGAGACUUUGAAGAUCGUCCCCGUGGCGAGGCUCCUAAAGGUGAGCGUGCAACGCCGUACAAGUACAGAGACAACCUGAAACCAGAAGGUGAGUUCACCGAUCGACUCCCAGAAGAGGUUCACAGAGGUGAAAGAGCACCGGUUGUCAAACGACCCGACAACCUCCGCCCGGAGGGCGACUUCGAAGCUCGUCCUCGUGGCGAGGCUCCAAAGGGUGAACGGGCAACCCCAUACAAGUACAGGGACAAUCUUAAGCCUGAGGGAGAAUUUGCUGGUCGCCGACCCGAGGACGCUCCAAAGGGAGAGAGGGCUCCUGUCGUCAAGCGGCCCGACAACCUCCGGCCUGAGGGCGAUUUCGAGGAUCGCCCGCGUGGUGAGGUUCCAAAGGGUGAACGUGCAACCCCAUACAAGUAUAGGGACAAUCUAAAACCGGAAGGAGAAUUCACAGAUCGUCUCCCGGAGGAGGUCCACAGAGGUGAGAGAGCUCCUGUGGUGAAACGGCCAGAUAAUCUGAGACCAGAGGGAGAUUUUGUGGACCGUCCUCACGAGCAAGCACCAAAAGGCGAAAGGGCGACUCCAUACAAGUACAGGGAUAACCUGAAGCCAGAAGGCGACUUUACAGACCGCCGACCUGAGGAUGCACCCAAGGGAGAGCGGGCCCCUGUUGUCAAGAGACCUGACAACCUCCGCCCGGAGGGCGAUUUCCAAGACCGUCCUCGUGGUGAGGCUCCUAAGGGUGAGCGUGCAACGCCAUACAAGUACAGAGAUAACCUGAAACCAGAAGGUGAGUUCACCGAUCGACUCCCAGAAGAGGUUCACAGGGGUGAAAGAGCACCGGUUGUCAAACGACCCGAUAACCUCCGCCCAGAGGGCGACUUUGAAGAUCGCCCUCGUGGCGAGGCACCCAAGGGCGAACGAGCGACUCCUUACAAGUACAGGGACAACCUGAAGCCUGAGGGUGAGUUUACUGAUCGUCGACCCGAAGAGAUCCAUAGAGGAGAGCGUGCUCCAGUCGUAAAGCGGCCCGAUAACCUACGUCCUGAAGGGGACUUUGAAGAUCGCCCGCGUGGUGAGGCUCCCAAGGGUGAAAAGGCGACGCCGUACAAGUACAGAGACAACCUGAAGCCAGAGGGUGAAUUUACUGAUCGCAGGCCGGAAGAGAUACCUAAGGGUGAACGAGCCCCCGUAGUAAAGCGACCUGACAACUUAACAAUGGAAGGCGAGUUCGUUGAUACACGUGAGAAGCACACACCGGGAAGGGGAGACAGGGCACCUGUAGUGAAACACCCUGAUCACCUAAGAAUGGAUGGCAAGUUCGAAGACAGGCCAAAGGACGUCGCUCCAACUGCAGAGCGCGCGCCCGUUGUGAAGCGGGUUGAUAAUCUCAUGAUGGAAGGGGAAUUUACUGACACCAGGGAGCGAACAACCGUGACUCGAGGGGAACGGGCAGAUAUUAUUCGUCGCGAGGACAAUCUGCGAAUGGAAGGGACAUUUGAAGACACACGAGAGCUUAAAACCGUCACUCGAGGAGAACGGGCUGACAUUGUUCGAAGAGAAGACAACCUACGGAUGGAAGGACAUUUCGAGGACCGUCCGCGUGGAGAAGCUCCCAGGGGAGAGAAAGUCCAACCUAUCAAACAUGGUGAUAACCUUAGACCAGAGGGUGAUUUUACUGACAGACGUCCCGAUGAAGCUCCUAAGGGCGAAAGAGCUCUGGUUGUCAAACGACCCGAUAACAUUGUAGUUGAGGGAGAGUUCAUUGACACACGAGAGAAAAUGACCCCGGGAAGAGGCGAUCGAGCACCAGUAGUUAAACAUCCAGAUCACUUGAAGCUGGAUGGCAAGUUUGAAGAGCGUCCAAAAGACCAAGUACCAAAGGGAGAGCGUGCUCCUGUUGUCAAACACCCGGACCAUCUUAGGAUGGAAGGAACGUUUGAUGAUCGUCCCCGCGAGGAGGCCCCACGAGGCGAAAAGGCAACACCAUAUAAAUACAGGGACAAUCUGAAGCCAGAGGGUGACUUCACAGGAAGACCGACAGAAGAGGCACCAAAGGGUGAAAGGGCUCCUGUUGUCAAACGAACAGAUAAUUUGACAAUGGAGGGCGAAUUUGUCGAUACAAGAGAGCGAACUACAGUGACCCGCGGUGAAAGAGCCGACAUCAUCCGCCGGGAGGAUAAUCUCAAAACAGAGGGGAGGUUCGAGGACACCAGAGAAUAUACAACCGUUACCCGUGGAGAGCGUGCCGAAAUCGUCCGAAGGGAAGACAACCUCCACAUGGAAGGCACGUUCGAGGACCGUCCUCGUGGCGAAGCCCCGAAGGGAGAGAAGGUUCGUCCUAUCCGCCAUGGCGACAAUCUUCGCCCAGAGGGUGAUUUUACUGGUCGUCCUAAGGAUGAAGCACCUAAAGGAGAAAGAGCUCCUGUUGUGAAACGUUCUGACAACCUUACGGUUGAGGGUGAGUUUGUUGACACCAGAGAAAGAACGACGGUAACUCGUGGGGAAAGGGCAGAUAUCGUCCGCCGUGAAGAUAAUCUAAGGACAGAAGGAAGAUUCGAAGACACCCGUGAAGUGACCACGAUCACCCGCGGUGAGCGGGCUGAAAUUGUUCGCAGGGAAGACAACCUACGCAUGGAGGGGCAGUUUAAUGAUCGUCCGAAAGAGAAUGCUCCGAAAGGCCAAAAGGCCAAACCAGUCAAGCACGAUGACAAUCUAAGACCAGAAGGAGAGUUCACGGGUCGCCCAAAAGAUGGGGCCCCUAAAGGAGAGCGCGCACCCGUCGUGAAACAUCCUGACCAUCUGAAGAUGGAAGGCGACUUCACAGAUGGGAGAGAUCGCCACUCUCCCGGUAGGGGGCAGCGGGCGCCAGUUGUCAAACACCCUGACCAUUUGAAAUUGGAGGGAGAUUUCAUGGAUCGUCCCGACGAAAAGGCACCAAAAGGUGAAAGAGCCCCAGUAGUAAAGCACCCAGACCAUCUAAAAAUGGAAGGUGAUUUCACUGACGGCCGAGAUCGUCACGCACCAGGAAAGGGACAAAGAGCACCAGUGGUCAAACAUCCUGAUCAUCUGAAGAUGGAGGGAGAGUUUGCUGAUCGCCCAGAUAAGAAGGCACCAAAGGGCGUGAGAGCUCCAGUUGUUAAACACCCAGAUCAUCUGAAAAUGGAGGGCGAUUUUACAGACGGCCGUGACCGGCAUGCGCCAGGAAAGGGACAACGGGCGCCUGUCGUGAAGCACCCAGACCAUUUGAAGAUGGAAGGCGAAUUCAUGGACCGCCCUGACGAUAAGGUACCAAAAGGCGUCAGAGCACCUGUUGUCAAACAUCCUGACCAUCUAAAGAUGGAGGGGGAGUUCGCUGACCGUCCAGACAAGAAAGCUCCCAAAGGCGUAAGGGCACCGGUUGUGAAGCAUCCUGACCAUUUGAAAAUGGAGGGAGAGUUCGCUGAUCGUCCAGACAGCAAAGCACCGAAGGGCGUUCGUGCUCCUGUUGUACAGCAUCCUGAUCAUCUCAAACCAGGGGGCGAGUUCCUGGAUACGCGCGAUAAACAGUCGCCUGGUCGUGGAGAUCGCGCACCAGUUGUGAAGCACCCAGACCAGCUGAAACUGGACGGAGACUUUGCCCAGCGACCCGCAGGAAAAGCGCCGCAAGGUGAGCGAGCACCUGUUGUCAGACGAGAGGAUAACCUGACCAUGGAGGGCGAAUUCACGGACACACGAGAACAAACGGUGGUGCGUCGGGGCGAAAGGGCUGAUAUCGUCCGGAGAGAAGACAAUCUUCGAAUGGAAGGUAGCUUCGAAGACACGAGAGAACGUAAUAAGGUGACUCGCGGGGAGCGAGCAGAGAUCGUUCGAAGAGAAGACAACCUCCGAAUGGAAGGUCGCUUUGAGGACACAAGAGAUCAGAAGACCGUCACUCGAGGCGAACGGGCUGAUAUUGUCCGCAGGGAAGAUAACCUCCGCAUGGAAGGUCGCUUUGAGGACACAAGAGAUCAGACGACCGUCACUCGAGGCGAGCGGGCUGAUAUUGUCCGCAGGGAAGAUAACCUUCGCAUGGAGGGCAAAUUUGAUGACACCAGGGAGCGCACCUCGAUAACGCGCGGUGAGCGGGCCGAGAUCGUGCGCAGAGAGGACACUCUGCGGAUGGAGGGCGACUUCCAGGGUCGACCUCGCGGCGAGGCCCCGCGUGGUGAGCGUGCACCACGAGUUGACCAUCCUGAUAAUCUAAAGCCAGAGGGCGACUUCUCGGGGAAGCCGCGCGAGCAGGCUCCGCGCGGUGAGCGGGCGCCCGUGGUGCGCCACCCGGACCAUCUGCGCAUGGAGGGCAAGUUCGAGGACGGCCGCGAGAUGGUGACGGUGAUGCGCGGCGAGCGGGCCGACGUGGUGCGCCACAGCGACAACCUGCGCACCGAGGGCUCCUUCACAGACACCAGACAGAAGACAACGGUGAAGCAGGGAUCUCGGGCGAGCAUAGUCCGCCAUGAGGACAACCUCCGCAUGGAAGGAAAAUUCAACGACGGAAGGCAGAAGACGCUUGUCAGCCAGGGUGAACGUGCCUCUAUUGUAAAACAUAAGGACAAUCUGCGAAUGGAAGGCCAGUUUGAGGACUUGCCGGCCAGCCCGGAGCCUGGCGUCGGCGAGCGGUCCUCGGCCAGCGGACCGGACCGGCGGUCCCCGGAGAGCCAGCGGUCGUCGGCAGGCCUGCCCCGGUCUCCGGCCGGGUCCCAGAGCCGGGGCUCUCCGACCGACCGGCGCUGGUCCUCGGGCGAGUCGUCCCUGGACUCCGGGGCGCCGACCACUCGGUCGCCCGCGGACCAGGACCGCCGCCGGUCCUCUGGUCAGUCCGGCCGGUCCACCGCCGCCCGGCCCAGGGAUAAUCUGCGCGUGGAGGGAGAGUUCCACGGGCGGCGCGCCGACUCGCUCGUCGUCGCCCACGGCGAACGGGCCGAGGUGGUGCGCCACCAGGACAACCUGCGAGUCGGAAGACAGCUGUUCGCCGAGCGGCAACAGAAGACCACCACGGUGACCGGUGAGAGGGCCGAGGUCGUGCGACACAACGAUAACCUGACGGUGGGAGGCGGAGACUUCAGCGCACCGUGCACCCCGACCGCGCCGGCCGCCGGCGAGCGGGCCUCGCCCGUCCGACCGCAGGACAACCUGCGCAUGGAGGGACAGUUCUCCGACACCCGCCGUAAGACGGUGGUGAAGCAGGGCGAGCGGGCCGAGGUGCGUCGGCGCCAGGACAACCUGAAGCUGGAGGGCGAGUUCGUUGGUCGCGAGCAGCGCACCUCCCAGACCACGGUGGUGCGCGCCGCCGGAGUGCCCUCCGGAGCAGCGGUGUCGACCAGCCAGGGCGACUUCCAGCCGUUCAAGACGGUCAGCAAGCCGGCCGGCCAGACGGUGCAGCAGAGCCAAACGCAGCAGCAAUCGUCGAUGAGCGUCAGCCAGCAGGGUGGCGCCACCUCGCGCACCGAGCAGCACUCGUCCAGCGCGCACCUGGAGCAGCGCAAGGUCUCCAGCUCGCAGCAGCAGUCCUCGUCCACCAGCCAGAGCUCGCAGCAGGUGGCGCAGCAGCAGCAGUCCUCGUCCACCGCCCGGAGCUCGCAGCAGGUGGCGCAGCAGCGCUCCGCGUCCAGCAGCCAGCUGGAGCAGCGCAGCAUGUCGGCCAGCGAGCAGCGCGCCAUGAUGUCCUCCAGUCACACCGAGCAGCGCGUCACGUCGGCCGAGCAGCACUCCAGCUCCCAGCAGCAGACUGUCAGCAGCAGCACCAGCAGCAGCAGCCGGCAGAUCCGUGACUCCUCCGCCCACCGCCGCGCCACGAGACACAACACCUGGACACGCGACGACACCGAGCGCGUCAAGGCGGUCCGCCAGGCCGACAACCUCACCCUGGAGGGAUCGCACACGUUCGAGACCAGCUCCGGGAGGCGCGGGAAGGCGCGGAUCCGGCCGGAGACGCAGCCGGUGGCCGGUGCGCGGCCCGUGGGUGUCCAGGAGCCGCGCACCUCUCCGGACAAGCAGCCGGCCGCCGGACAGCGGCCCGGCAGCGGCGAGGGCAGCGACCGCGCCUUCGCCGGCUCUCUGCGCAAGGACGAGCAGAGCGUGAAAAAGUGGGCGGCCAACACCCAGCAGCGCGCUGGCAGCUCCUCGGGCGUCAGCAGCGCCCUCCAGCAGAGCAGCACCACCAGCAGCGCGGUGCAGCAGCAGCAGGUCAGCAGCUCCUCGGUCCAGCAGCAGCAGCAACAGAGCUCCAGCAGCACACGGCGCGAGUCGCGCGUCUCCAGCAGCACGCAGCAGACUGAGCAGCGCAGCCGGGCCGUGCGCAGCUCCACGCAGUCGCUCGGCAUCUUCCACGGCGACUACGACGUGUUCAAGGACAAGUCGGCCUCCAAGAACCAGUCGUACGCCACCUACAAGCCGUGCCCGGCGGCUGUGGUCGACUCGCCCAUGUCAAACCUGCGCCCGGUAGGACAGACGCACGACCACAAGUACUACAUGCCGAAGGUCAGCGACUAGGGAAACUCGGUGCGACUUUGUGAUAAUGUGUGACGCGGGAGGUCGCUCGGACCGCUCUCGGCGACAGUCGGGGGUCUCCCUUAACCCCUGAUCUCGCCGAGUGUUGUUCGACCGACCGGAAUAAGGGCCAGAGCUGAUAGACCAGAUGCGUUGUGUUCCACGGAAGCGUUCGUGAUGCGUGGUCCGGAGUAGGGGUGGGGGCCGGCGCCGGGCACUGUCGGCUUCCCUUACCCGUGCGGUGCCCGCCCGCCGGCCCCGGCCCGUCACCGUGACCCGGGUAGAGACAGGCGGCGCCAUCGACGAGCGUCGUCGCUUUCGUCACGCGCUUCGACGCUCGUUCGCUGCAUGUGAUAGACACGCCCCGAACACCGUCCACGCGUGAGGCCUUUCCACCGCGCUGGGCCGCCGGCCUGCGCAUUGUGAUGUCGAUUGGACCGCGGAUGCAUGAGGGUGGCGAGGAUGUGUAAAAAUCAAAGCUGGAGAUGUUUUUAGGCAGCGAUACUAGUGCUAGUAUUUUCCAAGGUUUAUUGUCUUACUAAUUCUGACUCGCUUGUGGUUAUGGCAACUGAUGUCCAAUGAACUAAUGGCUAUUUAUACAGCCCUUGGCGAGUGUGAAUGCGUUCCUCUGACUAGCUAGUGAUGCAGAAAUGCUCAUUUAUGUUUUGAUGAUAUUUUCGAGGUGAAAAUACAUUGCUUUAUGUAACAACAAGCUUUUAAUAACGUGAAUCUAUUUAAAUACACGAGUCAUAAUACUA